AUGGCCAACAACUCAGAUGAAGAAGAGCAUGUCAUUAUCGUCGGAAUCGACUUCGGCACCACUUUCUCAGGUGCGAGCUGGGCUUACUCGGGCGAGCCUAACGACAUUGAGGUAAUCAGUCGAUGGGAAUCUAAGCUGAACCUCAACUCCGAUAAAGAGAAAGCGCCGUCCGCCAUUCUCUUUCCCGGCAAGCGGGGAAACAUCUCCUGGGGCUAUGGCAUUCCUCCCAACGCAAAGCAAGAGCCUAUGAGGUGGUUCAAGUUGUUGCUGGUGGACGAGAAGGACCUUCCCAAGAAGGUCAAGAACUCUUCGCAGAUUUCCGCUGCUCGCAAGAUGGUAGGUGAGGAGAAUAAGGACCCGGUUGAGGUCAUCAGCGCGUACCUCACCCGCUUCUGGAACCAUGCAAUCGAAUGCAUCAUCACCUCGGCUGGCCAGGAUCUUGUGGAUAUGUGCCGCUUUCAAGUCGUCAUCACUCUUCCAGCCAUUUGGCCCGACUAUGCCAAGGCGCGCAUGCGGAGGGCUGUUGACAGCGCUGGCAUCUUGAAGGAGCGCCCUGCUGGAGACACAACUUUGUCCUUCAUCUCUGAGCCUGAAGCUGCUGCUCUUGCAACCGUUCGGGACUUGAGUAAGCGACCGAACAUCUUUGUCGGUGAUCACAUUAUUGUGUGCGAUGCUGGCGGCGGUACCGUUGACCUCAUCAGCUAUGAGAUCCUCAGUAUGGAUCCCUUUGUGGUUCGAGAGGCAGUCGAAGGAGAUGGUGAUCUUUGUGGCGGUGUCUUCCUUGAUGACGCAUUCAUUGAGCUCAUCAAGAGAAAGGUCACCUCUGAAGCGUGGGCCAAUGUACCCAAGAACGAGGCCAAGAAGCUUCUCAACGAUGAUUGGGAGAACGGAAUCAAAACAGGAUUCUAUGGACAGAAUGAUGACUUCUCUUUUGGUCUGCCUGCUGAGUGCCGCGCUCCGGGUACCUCUCAGCGUGGAGUAAAGCGCAAGAAGAACUUGGUUCUCGACCGCGAUGACCUUCUUACCGUCUUCGACCCUGUCAUCGAUCAGACUGCGGAGCUUGUCCAGAAGCAGAUUGCCGCUGUCCUGAAAAAGACAGAUAAGAAGCCCAAGAAAGUCAUCUUGGUCGGAGGCUUUGGUCGAUGCGUUUACCUUCGGACGCGUCUUCAGGCUAUCAUCGGCAAGGGAAUUGAGAUUCUUCAAGGAUCGGGCAACAAGCCUUGGAGCGCCAUCAGCCGUGGUGCAGUCAUCAGCGGCUUGACCGCUCGCAAUCUUGCCCCCGGUCUUUCAGUUGGAAUUACUUCAAGAAUCUCUCGCAGGAGCUACGGUGUCACGUACUGUAUGCCUUUCGACUUUUCUACUCACGACCCCAAGGACAAGUACUGGUGCACCAGUGAGCACAAGUGGAUGGUGCGAAACCAGAUGGAGUGGUUCCUUGAGCAGGGUACUGACGUUUCAACUGCCGAUCCGGUUCGCAAGGAGUAUUACCGCCUCCUAGAGUCGACUCCGAAGAAAGUCUCAGAGACUAUCUAUGCCACAUCUGCGUGGCCUGCUCCCAAGACCUGCACCCAGGAUGUCCAAGAGCUUUGCACCAUCACCUGGUCCAAGAAGAUCGACUUCAAGUCUCUGAGGCGCUACACAAGCCCCACAGGCAAGAUGCUUGGCCGGCUGGAGUUUAGUGUGGAGAUGACUUGCUCUGGAAACAGCGUCGACUUCGCCGUUCUUCACGAUGGAAAGCAAGUUGGUGCUCAGAAUGUCUCGGUGAUCUUCAAGACGGAGGAGGAUGCUUAA